GAAGGAGAAAAUAAAAAAAAAUUCUUGUUUACAAGCAAAUACAAGUGUGGAAUCUUACAAAAAUGUUGCCGCUGCGUUCCAUAUGCACAUGAUCCGCAUAUAUGAUCAUCCACAACACACAUGAACACAGUUUGCGAAUACCUCUAAUAUAUGCCCGACUUAUGUGUUAACAUAAAACAGAUGACGAGCGGCAGCUGUGACUGCCAAUCCAUUCCAAUCCAAUCCGAUCCAAUCCAAUCCGAUGCGAUCCGAACCAAAUCCAAUUCGAUUAUUGCCUACCCCCAACUGGAUACGGUUCUGGCUUCAUCUACGUACGUUACACGUGCCAAAUGCCAAAUGGCUGACGUCAUUCCUGCUGCAGUCGUCUGGCCUGCUGGGGGGUUGGGGGCAACAACAAUGGCUAUCAACGCUGUUGUUCAUGAUGCUGUUUUUUGAUAAGCGCAAUCAGCAAUUACCAGAUGCUGUAUGCCUUUAUCCACAUGCUGCUCAGUCCGGCUCCAUCGGUGGACCCAAGAUGACAAUACUACGAGUGCUGAUCUUGUUGUCGGUGCUGUUCGCAGUGCUGACACAUGACUGCCUGCUGUUGGCACUGCCGACGCCGACUUCAUCAGCAAGGUCCGCCCAAUCGCUGGCGAUUCUCCGUGCUCGAGAUGAGUGCUAUCGCAGCGAGAGGAUUAGUCCAGACCAGCGACUGGCGCUGGAACGGCAGCAGUACAAGAACUUACCGUAUGUGCACCGUUAUGUCUACUGCUUCUGGACGCGCCUACAGUUAUGGCAGGAUGGCAUUGGCUUUGAUGCGAUGCGCAUUAUUGAGAGCUUCGGUGGCCCGCGACGGUUGAAUCUCGAGCAAACUGUGCCGGCCAUUAACAGCUGCAAUGCGCAUGCUCGCCGCUCCACCCGGACCGUGCUUGACUGGUGCUAUGGCGCGUUUGUUUGUGUGCUGCGGACGCCAGUGGGGGAUUGGUAUCGCCGGCACAUGCAGGACGUAAUCAAUGGCAACGCUUAGCUUUAAUUUGCUCAGCAGACUCCUUUCCAAGGGAGUUAGGUGGUUGGUCGAAGGAUCUUCGUUGUUGGAUUGUUGAAUGUCUAUGAAUA